AUGAGUUUCCCAGGAUUUACGCCAAUGGGCGGCGCUGGCGCCGGACCAAAUGCUGGCAUGUCUGAACAGGAGCAGAAUAUGAUUAAAAUGAUGAACGUAGUUGCAGAAUCAUGUCCAUUCAAAAUAGCCCUCUCUGGUGGCGCUGGAUUUGCACUAGGUGGUGCUUUCGGUUUUCUUACUGGCGCCAUGGCCUACGACGUCCCCCUCACCGCCAAAGGCGCAGAAAUUUAUAACCUCCCCUGGCGCGAACAACUCAAACACGGCUUCAAGGACAUGGGUAGCCGAGCCUGGAGCAGCGCCAAGACUUUUGGCUAUAUCGGUGCAAUCUACACAACCGCCGAAUGUUCAGUGGAAGGAUUGCGCGCAAAGAAUGAUUUGACGAAUCACGUUGUCGCGGGUUGUCUGACUGGUGCGUUUCUGGGGAGGAAUGCCGGUCCCCAGGCGGCGUUGACGGGGUGCGUCGGGUUUGCGGCGUUUAGUACGGCUAUUGAGGCUUAUAUGCGAAUGCCGGGGGAGAAUUGA